GUAUUUUUCUUUUUUUUUUAAUUUUGGGAAUGAACUGCAGCUGUUCUGAAAUAAGGAAAACUUUAAUUUUCAGUAUAAAAACUGAUCAAAGAGAAUUGUCUAAUUUUUCUUAAUGAUAAAAGGUAACAGACUGGGUAGACCCAUCAUUUGAUGAUUUUUUAGAGAGUACAGACAUCUGUACUAUAACUGCCACAUCAUUAGGUGUGAAUAACUCAAGUCAUAGAAGAAAAAAUGUGCCUCCUUCAUUAGAAAGUAGCAAAUGGCCAGCUAAAAAAAAAGGAAAGCUGUCUUCAUUAGAACAGAUCUAUGGUUUAGAAAAUUCAAAAGAAUAUCUGUCUGAAAAUGAACCAUGGGUGGAUAAAUAUAAGCCAGAAACUCAGCAUGAACUUGCUGUACAUAAAAAGAAAAUUGAAGAAGUUGAAACAUGGUUAAAAGCUCAAGUCUUAGAAAAGCAACCAAAACAGGGUGGAUCUAUUUUAUUAAUAACAGGUCCUCCUGGAUGUGGAAAGACCACUACUAUAAAAAUACUAUCAAAGGAGCAUGGUAUUCAAAUACAAGAGUGGACCAAUCCUGUUUUACCAGACUUCGAAAAAGAAGAUUUCAAGAUGUGUAAUCCUGAACCAAGCUUCCAUAUAUUUCCCUAUCAGUCUCAGGUAGCAGUUUUCAAAGAGUUUCUACUAAGAGCAACAAAGUAUGACAAAUUACAAAUGAUUGGAGAUGAUCUGAGAACCGAUAAGAAGAUAAUUCUGGUUGAAGAUUUACCUAACCAAUUUUAUCGAGAUUCUCAUAGUUUACAUGAAGUUCUAAGGACAUAUGUACAGAUUGGCCGAUGUCCUCUUAUAUUUAUAGUCUCUGACAGUCCCAGUGAAGAUAAUAAUCAAAGGCUACUAUUUCCCAAAGAAAUUCAAGAAGAGUGUUGUAUCGCAAGUAUUAGUUUCAACCCCGUGGCACCAACAAUUAUGAUGAAAUUUCUUAAUCGAAUACUGACUAUAGAAGUUAAUAAGAAUGGAGGAAAAAUUAUUGUCCCUGACAAAACUUCACUUGAGUUGCUCUGUCAAGGAUGUUCUGGUGAUAUCAGAAGUGCAAUAAACAGCCUCCAGUUUUCUUCUUCAAAAGGAGAAAACAAUUUAUGGCCAAGGAAAAAAGGAGUGUUGUUAAAAUCAGAUGCAGUGCUGUCAAAAUCAAAACGAAGAAAAAAACCUGAUACGGUUUUUGAAAAUCAAGAGGUCCAAGCAAUUGGCGGCAAAGAUGUCUCUCUGUUUCUCUUCAGAGCUUUGGGAAAAAUCCUAUAUUGUAAAAGAGCAUCUUUAACAGAAUUAGACUCACCUCGGUUGCCCCCUCAUUUGUUAGAGUAUGAACGGGAUACAUUACUUGUUCAACCUGAGGAAGUAGUAGAAAUGUCACACAUGCCAGGAGAGUUAUUUAAUUUAUAUCUUCACCAAAACUACGUAGAUUUCUUCAUGGAAGUAGAUGAUCUUGUGAGAGCCAGUGAAUUUCUAAGUUUUGCAGAUAUCCUCAGUGGUGACUGGAAUACACGCUCUUUACUCAGGGAAUAUAGUACAUCUGUAGCUACAAGAGGUGUGAUACAUUCCAACAAAGCCCGGGGAUUUGCUCAUUGCCAAGGAGGAGGAUCAAGUUUUCGACCCUUGCACAAACCCCAGUGGUUUAUAAUAAAUAAAAAGUAUCGAGAAAACUGCUUGACCGCAAAAGCACUGUUUUCUGACUUCUGCCUACCAGCUUUAUGCCUCCAAACUCAGCUCGUGCCCUACCUGGCUCUGCUACCUGUUCCAAUGAGAAAUCAAGCUCAGAUUUCUUUUAUCCAAGAUAUUGGAAGACUCCCUCUGAAGCGACAGUUUGGAAGGUUGAAAAUGGAAGCCCUGACUGACAGGGAGCUUGGAAUGCUAGACCCUGACAGUGGAGAUGAAGCCCGGCGGAAUGGAGGCCAGCCUGCCGAGGAAGCUCUGGGCGAACCCCUGCACACCCUUGAGCCGGAGACCUGGACUCUUUCUUCGAGUCAGAACAGUGGGAGUGAACUGCCUGCCAGCCAGCCUCGGCCCUUUUCAUCCCAAGCAGACAUGGACGAAGAAGACGUAAUAAUAGAAGACUGUGAGAGUGAUGGCCCAUAGAAAGCCGCCUGCCAAUCAGACAGCUUCUUCACAGAUUCAUUUUCAUUUUACUCAGUGGCACUUGAACAGAGUUAACAUACUUUUCUGGUGAAUUACAAACAAUGUGUUAAUUCCUCACUCUUGCAGUCGUACUUCACAAGGAAUGGCUCUUCUGUCAUCUUGACGUAAAGAUCAAGCCUUCAAGUAUCUUAAUUUUUUCUACAGUAUUUAUUUAAUUUUUUGAGUGAUUUAAGGAGAGGCCAGUGUGUGUAAAGUGUAUCUGAACAUUAUGCCAAAUAUCUGAAAAUGUGAAGGACUCAUCCAGAAUGCAAAAACUUUAUGGGGGGUUGUAAAUACGAAUUAUAAAACACUUAAGGAUUCAAUUAUGAGUGUAAAUAAACGUUGUGCCUUAUUGACAGUUUCUCACGUGUCUGACUUCUCAGAUGCCGUUUAUAUAUUUCAUACAGCGGAAUAGCUCAGAUACUUUGAGGAAAGUAUUGAGUAAUUUGUCUCAAAAUCGGAACGCUGCAUUU